CUCGCAGAGAUCCGCCUGCCUCUGCCUCCCGAGUGCUGGGCUUAAAGGCCUGCGCUGUUACUCAUUUCUUGAGCACCUCUGUGUACACACAUCAAACACUGAUUAAGCACCUGCUGUGUGUGUACGGUCACUGAACAUUAAGCACCAGUGAGUGACUCAGGGGAUAAGGGUGACUGUGGCCAAGCCCUGGCAACGAGUUCGGUUCUGGGGCCCACAUGGUGGCAGGAGAGAACCCACUCCUGUAAAUUGCCCUCUGACCUCUGCCCGUGGUGUGACACAUGCACACCCUACACACCAUAAAUAAAUAAACACAACAAGACUUUUUAAAAAACAUUAUGAAGCCCCUUCUGGGCCUGGGUGGCCCUCCCUCGGUGGGUUUGGGUGACAUCACCCCGGCUGCAUACAAGUGAAAACACUUUAAGAUGCACCUUCUGUGUGUGGGCGGCAAACAUUUAUUAAGCGCCUGCUGCAUGUAAGCACGCUGGGAACAGCUGGUUCUUGGGACUGGGCAGGUGCCAGGCGGUGCCCAUUGUCCUCGGGACGGGGGAAGGGGGACACUGGGCAGGGGUGAGAGCGCGGGAGGGCUCCUCCCGGCCCCCCUCAACCGCCGCUCAGGGUGCCCCUCCCUGCCCCGGCCUCGCCCCCACCCACAGGGGGCACCUUGAGCAUAACAGGAAAUUUCAAACAACAGGAAACCCAGGCCGGGCUGCGACUCCACCCUGCUGGGGGCCUCCGUCAGUCUGUCCCCGCGGGAGGCCAUGAACAUCAGCACCUGGUCCUGUCACCGGCUGGCGGCCAGCGGUCACAGCCACCUCAUUGUCCUGCACUACAACCACAGCGGGCGGCUGGCCGGCCGCGGGGGCCCCGAGGACGGCGGCGGGCUGGGGACGCUGCGGGGGCCGUCGGUGGCGGCCGGCUGCCUGGUGGUGCUGGAGAACGCGGUGGUGCUGGCCGCCAUCGCCACCCGCAUGCGGUCGCGCCGCUGGGUCUACUACUGCCUGCUGAACAUCACGCUGAGCGACCUGCUCACCGGCCUGGCCUACCUGGUCAACGUGCUGCUGUCGGGGGCGCGCACCUUCCAGCUGGCCCCCGCGCACUGGUUCCUGCGGGAGGGCUUGCUCUUCAUGGCCCUGGCCGCGUCCACCUUCAGCCUGCUCUUCACGGCCGGCGAGCGCUUCGCCACCAUGGUGCGGGUGGCCGAGAGCGGGGCCACCAAGACCAGCCGCGUGUAUGGCUGCAUCGGGCUGUGCUGGCUGCUGGCGGCCACGCUGGGGCUGCUGCCCCUCCUGGGCUGGAACUGCGUGUGCGCCUUCCCGCGGUGCUCCAGCCUGCUGCCCCUCUACUCCAAGGGCUACGUGCUCUUCUGCGUGGUGGUCUUCGCCCUCAUCCUGGUGGCCAUCCUGGGCCUCUAUGGGGCCAUCUUUAGGGUGGUCCGGGCCAACGGGCAGAAGUCCCCGCGUCCCCCGGCCCGCCGCAAGGCCCGCCGGCUGCUCAACACUGUGCUGAUGAUUUUGGUGGCCUUUGUGGUGUGCUGGGGCCCCCUGUUUGGCCUGCUCCUGGCCGACAUCUUUGGUUCCAACGUCUGGGCCCAGGAGUACCUCCGUGGCAUGGACUGGAUCCUGGCCCUGGCCGUGCUCAAUUCUGCCAUCAACCCCCUCAUCUACUCCUUCCGCAGCCGCGAGGUGCAGCGCGCAGUGCUGGCCUUCCUCUGCUGCGGCUGUCUUCGGUUAGGCCUGCGGGGUCCUGGUGACUGCCUGACCCGGAUCACCGAGGCCCACUCCGGUGCGUCCACCACCGACAGCUCGCUAAGGACAAGAGACAGUUUUCGGGCUUCCCGAUCGCUCAGCUUCAAGAUGCGAGAGCCGCUGUCCAGCAUUUCCAGUGUCCGGAGCGUCUAGAGCUUGGACGGUCCAGCUGCCAGGGUGAACCCUCGACAGACCCUCCCGGGAGAGGUGAGAAGGGACUGGACACACGAUCCUGGCCACGCCAGCAGGUCCCAGGGGCUGUUCACGGAGCCUCCCCACGCUGAAUGUCUGGCAGAGCAGAGAGUGGCCAGAAGCAGAUCCUGAGGGUCUGGGCCUCACCUUCACCAGGACGUGAAGGGGACACACCAUGCCUGAGUUCACCAACUGGGGUUCACGUGUGUGCGUGUGUGUGUCAGGGAGGGCGUGGGGGGGGGCUGCUGUCACACUGUGCACACAGUGCUCUGGGAACAUGCUGAGAUGGAGGGCGCCCGCCCCAUCGUCUGAAGGCAGCCACCUUGCUGAGAUGUUGCAAGAAGGAGUGGAGCUGGGGAACACACCAGUCAAUCAUCCCUCUCCUCGGUGACUUCCCCACUGGGACGGGCAGCCCGCCCCCAUGACCUCCUGUCUCUAGUUCAGCUUCUCUGUCUCUGUGGGGAGAACGGACCCACCCACCCCAGGUCUGGGGCAAUAUCUUGACCUGGUCCUGUAACCCUGUCGACUCACCCUUCCGUUUCUGAACCAUGGUGAUGUGCUGUGACAGGGGACCGUGGACCUCACUGUUCAGUAGUGCAGCUGCGAGCCGUGCAGGGCUGUGUAAGAUCAUUAAAAUGAAGGAAACCGA